AUGCCGAAUAAGUUCCCCCAAUCUUGUUAUAAGACUCCUCCGCCACCACCACCGAUGGAUGAAGCAAGAGAGCUGUCCACGGAAGAAAUUAUGAUCCCCCCACCUUGCUAUAAUACUCCUCCACUGCCAUCACCAUUGGAUGAAGCAAGAGAGCUGUCCACGGAAGAAAUCAUGUUCCCUCCACCUUGUUAUAAGACUACUCCACCGCCACCACCAGUGGAUGAAGCAAGAGAGCUGUCUACGGAAGAAAUCAUGUUCCCCCCACCUUGUUAUAAGACUACUCCACCUCCAUCACCUCUGGAUGAAGCAAGAGAGCUGUCCACGGAAGAAAUCAUGUUCCCCCCACCUUGUUAUAAGACUACUCCGCCGCCACCACCGGUGGAUGAAGCAAGAGAGCUGUCCACGGAAGAAAUCAUGUUCCCCCCACCUUGUUAUAAGACUCCUCCACCGCCACCACCGAUGGAUGAAGCAAGAGAGCUGUCCACAGAAGAAAUCAUGUUCCCCCCACCCUGUUAUAAGACUCCUACACCGCCACUACCGAUGGAUGAAGCAAGAGAGAUCUCCACAGAAGAAAUCAUGUUCCCCCCAUAA